GGAGGGGGCGGUAACACCCGACGGGAGGAGGCGGGUCUGCGCAUGCGCAGUUCGUCUGGCGAGGGGAGAAAAUGGAGCCGUUGGGGACGCAGCGAGACUAUGCUUCCCAGCGGUCCCCGGGCGGCUGCGCAUGCGCGAGCAGACGUCACUGGCAAUCCCCUAAUUUAGGGGAGACUGAGUCAUCACUUCUGAGCGCUCAGACUCGCUGGUGCAGUCGCGGCUCGGUGAGGCCGUGGCGUUGUGCUCGCUGCAGGGAGCGGAGGGAGCGGCGGCCUGGCUGGGCACCUCAGCGCCUCGGCCCCUGUUCUUGCCGCUGCCAUCAGCUUGGUAUGAACGCCCAGAGCUGGGGUUUGCAGGGAAGAAGGCGCAGCUGUUUAGCAAUGCUUCCAGUAUCCUCCCUCCCACCCUCCACUGGGAGACACGCACCCAGAUAAUUUCUGAGGAGUGGAGACAGUACCAUAGUCCACACUUUUUUAACUGAUACCGACCUGCUGUUUCGGGCAAAUGUCAGAGGGCACUUCCUUGGUUUCUGAAGAUCCCUGUACAGCUGCGGGCCGACGGUGUAUGACCACGCACACCUGGGGCAUGCCUGCUCUUAUGUUAGGUUUGAUAUAAUUCGAAGGAUAAUGACGAAGUUUUUUGGAAUUGAAGUUCUCAUGGUGAUGGGGAUCACAGACAUAGAUGACAAGAUAAUAAAAAGAGCCAGUGAGAUGAAUAUAUCGCCAGUAGCUCUUGCUCGUAUUUAUGAAGAAGACUUUAAACAAGAUAUGGCUGCCUUAAAGGUCCUACCUCCUACGGUAUAUAUGAGGGUGACUGACAGUAUUCCUCAAAUAAUUUCCUUUAUAAAAACAAUAAUUUCCAAUGGACAAGCUUAUGCAACCUCGCAAGGCAAUGUUUAUUUUGAUGUUAAAUCCUGGGGAAAAAGAUAUGGAGUGUUAACUGCUAUUAACCCCGAUACCCAAGAUGAAGCAGCUGAUUCUGAUAAACGACAUGGUAAAGAUUUUGCCCUGUGGAAGGCUGCCAAGCCUCAAGAGCUGUCUUGGAAUUCUCCCUGGGGGAAAGGACGACCUGGAUGGCACAUUGAAUGUUCCACAAUAUCAAGUGCAGUGUUUGGAAAGCAGCUGGACAUUCAUACUGGUGGAAUAGAUCUUGCAUUUCCUCAUCAUGAAAAUGAAAUUGCACAGUGUGAGGUGUAUCAUCAGUGUGAACAAUGGGGGAAUUAUUUUUUGCAUUCUGGGCAUUUGCAUCUUAAAGGAAGUCAAGAAAAAAUGUCAAAGUCGUUAAAAAACUACAUAACAAUUAAGGAUUUCCUGAAGAGGUGCUCCUCAGAUCAGUUCAGAAUGUUCUGUUUGCGUGGCAGAUACAGCUCAGCGGUAGAAUUUAGUGAGGAGAGCAUGGAAGAUGCAAAGAACCUUCUUCAGGCAAUCUCCUCAUUUAUUAGAGAUGCAAAUGCUUAUAUUAAAGGACAGCUGGUGUGUGACCCUGUUAGAGAAGACAUAUUGUGGGAAAGGCUAGCCAACACAAAAGUAACCGUGAAGGCUGCGUUUGCAGAUGACUUUGACACCUCCAGGGCUGUUGCAGCAAUUAUGGACCUCAUUCACCAUGGCAACAGACAGCUUAAGGCUGUUACUAAGGAUGCUGGAUCUCCUAGAAGCUCUGUUGUGUAUGGAAGCAUCAUUUCCUAUAUAGAAGGCUUUUUCAAUGCCCUUGGGAUGUCCUUUGGAGAAAGACAGGUGGCUGUGGGAGGAGACAGGUCUGCAGUGCUCUCCAGUGUGGUUGAGGAGCUGGUGAGGUUCCGCUCGCAGGUCCGGCAUUACGCGCUGGCUCUGCCGGAGGCAGCAGAGGCUGUGGAGGGCACGGCGGGAGCUGGGGAGCCCAAGCAGGAGCAGAAGGAGAAGAGGAAGCAGUUACUGCGUGAGAGAAAGCCCCUCCUGGAGGCCUGUGACCGUCUGCGUGGAGACCUUGCUGCCUUUGGAAUCCACAUACAGGACAGAGCUGCUGUUUCAACCUGGGAAAUGGUGGAAAGAGAACAGACAGAGAAGCAGACUGAGAAAAAAAGCUGAUCCUUCAUUCUUGGACUUGUUUUUUAUUUCAGCUACUUUGGCAACUGUUGUAAAUACUAAUCUUUCAAAAUAAAAUCUGUUGAACAGAAUGGCUAAAAACAAUUGCAUAUAAUUUGAGCAAAACUGUUGGCACUAGUACUUGGUAAAUAAAUACAGGCCUUGCAGCACAGGUGGUGGAAGCAUGCACAAUACAAGCUGCUCCUGUGCUGCCUUCACACAGACAUGGGUCUGUUCUGCUGCAGGGACUGCCCCAGCCCAAACUCUGCCAUCCACCCUCAGCCCAUGCUGCUGCCCUGACACAGAAUUUAAACAUAGUGAAGGCAGAGGAAAGAACACAGGCCUGUCUUUCAGGUAAAAAACUUAAGUUUUAUGCCUGUUGGUUUGACAGUUCUCUUCCUCUCAGAUAUAGAAAUGGGGGAUACUUUUAACCUUGAAGUAUUUCCUUAUUGCAGUGGUGCUGCUUUAGUCCUGUGAAACCUUUACCUGUAAUAUGAUGGUAUCCGGUUACCUGUAAGGCUUGGUAUCUUCUGUUUGCUUUGGCACAGAAUACAAGAUUUCUCUAGCAUGGGGAGUGCAGCACAUUCAGGAUCUCACCAGAAUCAGGAACAUAAAAUUAGAAUAUAUUUAUAUAUAUAUAUUAGUAUAAAGUAUGUUUAGUUUUUACCUGUUCAGUUACGUUUUUGCUGGCCCUGGCUGCUGUGGCUGUGGGCAGAGGUGCAGGAGCCCCUCUUACACGUGAGGUGACCUGUGGUGAUAUGGGGCUGGUACUUACCUGAUACCACCUUCCUCUUUAAAUCAGUCUAUGAAAACAGAAGAACCAAGAAUGUAUGUCCAUCUCCAAGGCACUUGUGUGCUUUCAAAGUAUCUGUUCAAAAGGACAAAGGCUUUCUUUUAUACUGUUGAGAAUAAAAUGUGUAGCUAUUUUUCUGCUCCCUUCCUGCAUUAUCUGUACUUCCAGAGAAGAGUGGGGUCUCUUCAUUCAGCUCUGGGGCACAGGUGCUUCUUUGACACAGCUGGUAUUGGACAUUUGCUCAUGGCUGUGUUAUUCUAGCAAAACACAGUGAAUGGUGAGCAGCAGCUCAGCUGCUGUGUGAAAUGGGAUCGGCACACACCAAACAAAGUCCAGGCAAUUUGCUAUUAUUUUUAUUUCCUACCAAAACAAACUGCUACAUUUCCAGAAUGUUUAAAAAUUGUAACAAUUUGUAUACAUUAGUGAAUAACAGUUACAACUGCCGUGUAGCUUUAAAACCAACAGUGCUGGUUGAAGUUUGGUUGAAAAUCUGUACUGAGCUCUGUUAAUUGAUUGACUUCACCUACAUGUCAUUUAGAUUAUAAUACCACUGAUGUUCUAAUUACAAGAAAAAAAAUCACUUAUUUUAAAGGCAAUAGCUAUUUUUAAAUCAGUUUUAACUUUCUGAUUUCAUUUAAAAGUAGUCAGGUUUCUCAAAUACAUUUAAAGGGGGGAGAUGAUAGUUUAAGUUUCCCCAAAAAUGCAGACAGUUUACAAAACUGCUUAAAUUAAACACUAAAACCUCAUUUCUUAAGAGUAGUCUGUAAACCCUCAUAGAGCAACACAAGCAAACACUUAAAAACCUAUUUUAAAAAUAGGUAACUGGUUUGAAAACAAAAAUGCAUCAAGGUGAGGUAGUAGUCACAGUGCAUCCAGAAACACCAACUCAUAUUCCCUAUGGGGGGAAAUACUUGGAGUAGCCUUUCUGAUUCUGGGUGCUUUCUGCAGGCAACUGUUGCAAGGAAUGAGAACAGUGUGAGUGGUGUGUGGGACACCACAUUCCAGCUGGGAGCACCGCAGGAGUGGCCCUGCUGGACAGGGAGCAUCUGCUGCAGUAACCGCGUGCGAUACGCGCUUGUUCUGGGCCUUAAUGAGCACCAACAGUUGGAGCUGCAUUGGAGGUUCAAGGGCAGAACCCAUUUAAAUUUACUUUGCAUGAACUUGCCUCUCUCUUCACUCUGGAUCAAUCCCCACAAGCUUUGACUAAAUCUCCAAAAAUUUAAGGAAUGGUCCUGUGCAAAAUUCCACGAAGUUCAGCUUUACACCUACUGCUUUGCUGCUCUUUCUGCGCCAGAUCAGUGUGGCUCACAGUGUCCAUCUGUCCUGCAAACAUCAAGUAAAAGCCUCUACACUUUUUGCUCUAAAAACUCCUGCUUUUUGCAGUACUAAGUACUGCACCUGAAGCUGAAACACUGCCCACGCUGUUUCUGUCCCUGCCUCUGACCUGCAGUGUACUGAAGGUACAGGUACGAGCCCUGCGCCGCCUUGUGUUCCUUGGGCCUGUAUUUGCGCUGGCUCAUCGCAGUCCACCUCCAGACCUGUGUGCUGGGCUGCUCUCAGCUCUGACCCAGCAGGCAGUGGAGUCCUAAAAGCACUCACCCUUCCACCAUCACUGGGAGCUGAACCAGUUCUGGCUAUCGCUGGCUUCCCUGCCCCACCUGGUACCUCUCCAAAUGACAAUUUCACAAGUUCAUCAUAUUGAGUCAAGACCAGAUACAGAAACAGAAAUUAAUUUCUUUUUCAAGUAGGCUUAAUUAUUAUUUAAUGAAUUUUACUGCUAAGAUACCCAUAGCAUAUCUUUAUUCUGACAAGGGGGAACCUUUUUUAAAAAAUAAGACAUUACAGGAAGGGAUGCCUUGCCCAAAUGAAUGCUGUCUCUGGGACCAGGAAUGGGAAAAGGCAACUAAUUACAUUCAAAAUCUACAGCAACUCUCAUGCAUUCCCUUUCCAAAGAGGCUUACUUUUUGCUUCUUACUAUCCUAGCAUGGCAAAAAAUGAAGUGCAAUAGCUAAUUCUAGACAGAGGGUCUAAGAACGACAAGUGACAACCUUGGUGAAAUCCAAGAAAUUCAGUUGAGCUGGUGGAAGAAUUUUAUCUAAAUAUCAAGUGCAUUUUUU